AUGGAAGAUACUGAUGACAUUGAGGAUGAUGAUGACUCUAAUGUAGACCUUGACUGGUAUAAUUGUGAAGAAGAAAAAGAAGAAGAUAUUGACGAGGAUGACGAUGGCGAUGACUAUAUUGGUUAUGUUGACCUGUAUGAUUCAGAUGAUGAUGACUAUAGUCAAGAAGGUGGAGGCUUUGGUGGUGGUGCUGGACUAGGUGGUGGACAGUUCUGUGGUGGUGGCAAACUUGGUGCCCUUGGCGGUGGCUUUGGUGGCGGAACUGGUGUAGGAGGUGGGUUGGGUGAAGGUGGCAGUCAUGGUUUUCGUGGAGGCAGUGGGCUCGGUGGCCUAGGCGGUGGAUUUGGUGGUGGUGCUGGUGGAAGACUUGGCGGCAGGCUUCUUUGA